AUGACCGACUCAGAGCUGGACGAGCCGACGCAGCUCCUCCUCCUCGCUUCGCUGCUCGAACCAGCCACAUACCCCGAGGAUGAGCUCCGCUUAGCCCUCUCGUCCGCUCGGGGCGAUCUGGGCAGGGCGGCAGAGGAGCUGCUUCUGCCCCGCGUCAAGAGCGCUGGAAAGCGCAAAGCGGGCACAAGCCUGGAAGGGUGGUUCAGCAAGAAACGAGACGCUAUGGAGGUCGCGAAACCGUCGCUUCAUGUCGCACAGGCGUCCCCACCCCGCCCGCUUGCACUCCAGGUCAAACAGGAUUCGCCUGGCGGGAGCAGCAAGAGAGAUGCUUUCGCGCUCCUCAGAUCUGCUCCUGGACCUUCUGUCCCCGUCAAGGUCAAAGCGGCACCGCAGCCGGCCCUCCUGCUCACGUCGCAAGCCGCGAUCGACAAGCAUCGGCUCCCGCUUACGCUCCUCACGUCUCCGCUGUCCCCGGCGUUCGCCUCGGCGCUGUAUCUCGCGAUGAUGGACGAGAGUGAGGCGUGGGGGAGGCAUAGGUGGUAUCUGGCCGGCAAGUGGGUCGAGUCGCCGCAUACUAUGGCGGGGUACUAUCUGGUCGGAGGGGGACAUGGGGAUGAUGGAAGAGCGGUCAGGUCGACGGACGGGGAUGGAAGAGCCGAGGGAGGUGGAAGUGAGAAGGCACGCUACUUUUACUCUGGCAAAGAACUAGGCGAUCCCAAGCCUUACCCGGAUCUACUGCGCCAAGCUGCCGCGCUAGUGGAAGACGCCGUCAAUGAUGCUUUGUCCAAGCGUGCCCGCUACCCCUUGGAAUGGGCAGGAAGGUGGCGCGCGAAUGUAUGCGGUGCGAAUCGAUACGACGGCGCAAGUAGCGGAGUCGGAUGGCACGCUGAUCAGCUUUCUUAUCUCGGUCCAUACGCAACUAUUGCGUCCCUCUCACUAGGCACGCCCCGCGCUUUUCGGUUGAGAGAGACAGAUACGGUCGAUCCUGCUUUCAAGCAGUCAGCGGCGAUCCGGACGUACGAGGUCAAUCUGGGUCACAACAGCCUGAUCACGAUGGAUUCGGGCUGUCAGGAACGGUACAAGCAUACCGUACCUCCCCAGAAGGCGCUCGACCUUUUCCGACCAGGCUGGGACCAGAAUCAGCAGCCUAUACCCACGCCGGAUCAGAAACCGCAUACUACCCGAAUCAAUAUCACCUUCAGAUUUUACCGGGAAGACUUCCAUCCUGCGCCAGGUACCGGCCCGACUGGACCACGACAGGGAACGCCUCACUGCAAAUGCGGAAUCCCGACUCUACUCCGCGCGGACCAGAAAGGUAAGGCCCGCUCCAGAACCGCCGCAAUCCCCCCUUCAUCACUGACCGCUCGCUCGGCAGCCCGUCCGCUGGCACAAGAAGACGAGGCCGAGUCGACACUCCGGAUGAAGGAUGACGAUAUGGCGUAUUUUUGGCAGUGCCAGUCGAGCGGGGAUACGGGGGAGUUGAAGGGAUGUGGGUUCUUUCGGGUGUUGGAUAUGCGCGCGGAAGGACGGGGACCAUGCGUCGUGGAUGUUUUGCCGUUCGGCGAUGCUCGCUGUGCGCGACCACUCCUUGUUCGCUGGUUCUUUGAGUAG